UCUUCCAAACGUGCUCAUUAAAAGGAAAGGAAAAUCAAAACUCGUUUUUCUCCCGCCAAGCAAACGAACUAGAGAAAAUGAGAGAGAACCGAACACCGCUCAAGGACCAAUCCCGACCUGCGAAGCUCGCGACUCCCGUUCCCAAGAAGAAGAUUCCGAAGAAGAGCUUGAACACCGUCUUUUCUGCAGUUUCGGAAGACGAACCGGUGGAUAAUUUCAAGGUUUCAGUGGAUUCGACUCCGAUUUCUGAGAAUUCCAAGAUUUCAGUGGAUUACACUCCGAUUUCUGUGAUUUCUGAUGUGGAUUUCAACGAGAGUCUGAUGCUGGUGCCGGAUCCAGCUCUGUUGAUGCCAUCAGAGACAUUGCUUCCAUCCAAUGUCUCACUGUCUCCGGAGGCCAGUGUUAAUAUGGACGGGCUGGGCAAUGUCUCUCUGAGUAGUGGUAAAUCAAGCGAAUUUGAUGGCUCAAACUUUGGUUCUAUGGAGGCCGACAUUGUAACGAGAUUUCUCAGGCAAGCGCAGACUCAGGUCUUGAAUUCCGAGGUGGAUACUAAAUGUAAGAAGAUUCUGGAUGCGCUGGUUGACUUUGUCUUAGAGGAGCUCCAUACUUCACCUGCAGAGAGGGACCGGGUUACUGAACUUCUGUCGACAAAAGUUUACAUAACAAUGGCGUGUUUCGUGCUCUGGAUCAUUGCAUUGUCUGUCUGGGCGUUCAGCUCUGGACACCGAAGCACCUUUCAUGGACCUCUGCCAACUUGAGCAGAUUCCGGAGAACAGAUGAAGAACGGGAUAAACUUCUACUGUGAGAGCAACUUGCUGGAGGGGACCAAUCAAAUCGCACCGACGAAAGGUCCGCAGGUAAAUGUCUUGUUUUUAAAUCUUGAAAAUAAUUUUUAGUUUAGUGACGGUGAAAGAAGGAGAGAGCUAGCUCUACUUAAAAUCAAAGAUUCUGAUUUGGGUAUAAUUCCCAAAGGAAGGAGAGUUUGUUGUUGUUUAAAGUAGUGAUUAGCAUAAUUAGAGGGAAAAACACUAGUUGCCAUGGAUGAAGAUUCUGUGUUGAAAUCAUUGGUUUGGUUAUGUUCAAUCUUCCCAUAAACAAAUUUAUCUUAGUGCCAAAAACCUAGUUUAAUCACAUAGUAGGGCAUAUAUAGGUGUCAAAUUAACAUAUCACAAGUUUUCUUUUGUUUCCUUAGAAUUUAGUUACAUAAUACUUAUUGGAGAAUAACUUACAUGUAACGGGCUUCUACUUUUGUCUAUCUGUAUCUCUUAUCAUGUGAUUAGUGACAUUCUAGGAGAUGCAUAAAUAGUGGGAAUAAAUUCUUUAACCACAUCUACUUCUCUCUUUGCAUCCCACAUCACGUGAUAAGCCACAUCUCGAGAGAUGCAAAAAGAGAAGUUUUUGCCGACUAGGUUCAUACAGUAUUUACUAUAGAGAUUAGAGAUCUAAAAAGAUAGAUAGAUAGAUAGAUAUUUAGUGAUAAGCUAGUGAGAUAUUUAUAAUCAUACUUCACACCAAACCACCACAACCAUUGGUCAGGAUUCAUUUCCGGAACCCUUGAUUUGAACCCAUAUUAUUCACCAUCGCCUUCCAACCUUCAACAUUCAUAUGUACCCAUCUUUAAUUUUUUGGGUUUUGUCUUUUUCCAUCCCCUCCCACUUUUUUGUGCCUCAAUUGUUUGAUUGUGUCUGUCACAGGGGAGACAAUCCCUCUGGUGCAUCAUAAUGCCACCUUGUGGUUGGUUUUUUUAAUCUUUCAAAAGCAUGUUUUAAGGUUUCUUAGUAUACAAUGCCCCUCAAAGGGUUGGGAGAUAACACAUGCCCACCAUGAUUUAUGAUGAGAAUUAGGAUUAGGUUCAUGAUUAACAAAACUUUAAGACAUAAGCCAAACUAAUCCCAAAACCAUAAGUGAUAUGCGCUUCUGGACCUUCGUUUAUCCCAUUGUCAAGUUGUUAGCACUAUCUGUCGUUAAAAAAAAAUUGUUUAUUUUUGGUUUUGGACCAAAUAAUUGUUGCUAGAUUUGGCAUUGGAAUUAUGUCUACGGUGGUGUUCCUCCGACUUGUGCCCGAUGAAAUGUUCCUUGGAUAAGAAUCAUAGGGGUAAAUUAGGAAAAUUCAUUGUUUUUUUAUUUUCAACAUUUUUGCUAUAUUUUAAUUUUAGAGUUUAAGAUUUAAUAGGAUGAAAUCAAAGUAGAGUCGAGAGAAAUAGGAUUGUCCAGUUGUGUUUUGGUGCUUGUAUUGUGUCAUUCAUGAAAUAUGUUAUGCAUGCGUUAGAAGUUAACACAAGUUAUGGUAAGGGAGGAAAAUAAAAUGGAUUUAGAUAUUUGGAGUAAAUGGUUGUUCAAUUAGCUAUUUUAUUACCCUUAUGUGACAACUUAGCUAGUUCCCAUAGUUAUGCUUAAAUUUCACAUUGCACUAUGAAAUUUACAACGCUUCUUUGGCCAAAUGUUUUGUGUCUCAAUUUGUCAUUCAACAUCAAUUCCGUCAACAAUUCCGUCAAAAUCGAAGACGCAACUCUCUAAUUUUUUAUUUUUUUUCACUUGGGUGCCAUGUUAGUGAUUUUGACGGAGUUUUUAAGGGAAUUGAUGGUAAGAGGUAAACUGAGAUAUCAAACAUCGAUCAGGAAAGCAAUGCUAUUAUAAUUUUCGGUGAGCAAUGUGUAAUUUGACCAGCUCUACAACAGUUCUAUGGGUUAUGGAAGCCAACAAAAAACAAAAGAGGGUUUUCUCUUACUUUAAGAAUAUAAAACGAUAAUUAUGUCGCAAAUUGCGAUUAUGGUAUGAAAAAUAUCUUGUUUUCUUAACAAAAUAAAAACA